AACGCCGCCAUCUUGUGGCUCCACCUGUGUAGUACGGUGUAAGAACAACAAUAGCGGCUUAGUAGGAAGGAAAUUAGAUCCAUUUAAACUGGACUAAAACAACAGGCGCCCAAACGGAACUGCUGGAGAAAAUGUCACUGUUUGGAGGUCUUUAACAUUUUUACUCAGUGCUGUUUGUUUUCUACAACCAUCGCCAGGAAACUCCGCUGUGUUACGACAAGACGAUUUGUCAAAGAUUAUGUUUUUUUGUUUGCAGCCUUCAGGAAGGACACCGUGCAAUGCAACAACACCGUGUAUAACAUGUGAUAUAACGGCUUGGAGCAUUUCUGUCUUGAGUGUACAGUUUUGCAUUUUGGCGCAGUCUAUUUGAUAUAACGUUAGCGAGUGGGAACAAAAUGGAGGGUAAAAAGCUGCUGUUAAGUUGCGCUUAGCUUAGAUUGCGUGUACACCGCGGUUUCCAACCUGAAUGAUCUGUUUGCAGGAUAUAUUUGCUGGGCAGAAAGAAAGAGAAACGGCCAGAGCGAUUUUUGAAGGGCAGGGACAGUGACGAGAGCCGUGUAAGGAAUACAGACACGUUACUUUUGUAACGUCUUUACGUUACUUCCUACAAAGUCCCAGACUGUAACGUUGUCCGGUAUGUGCACAAUACACAUUGUUUGUUUAGUCAUAUGAAACACCUAGAGCUACUUGCAAAGUAAAAUAGUACAAGAGUGACCUGAUAUCACACAAUGACCGACUCCGGAGACACAGCCAGUGUUCCCGGCUGCUCCGGCCUCAGCAGCGGGGCGGGGCUGAGUUUCACCGCGGGCAGUGGACUCCCAGGCCGCCUCAGGACUAGUCUGUCCUCCCCCACUGCACCUGGAAGACUGACGUCCCUCAGAACCAGGGAUCUGACACUGGGGGGAGCCCUCAAAAAACCAAAGAAAACCUUUGAGCCAAAUGUCCAUGCUGUGAGGAAAAGCAAAGAUGAAUUAAAGGAAGAAGUCCGCGUGGCUCCAAAAAAGGAGAGGCGAGAGAGGGAUGAGAGGAGGAGAGAGAACAGAGGGAGGAGGAGAGAGAGGCCUCAGACCAUCCAGUCACACUCUAUCUUUGAACAGGGUCCUGCUGACACCGUACGCAAAACAGGCUGGCGUGGUGCUUCAGACCUGCAUGACUCCACCAGCUCUCCUGUGUGUAAACUGCUGAAGAAAGAGAGGAAAGAGUCAAAGGAGGAUGAAGAUGAGAUACUCUGUAAACUACAGAGGGAUGAUGUGAGUACUUCCUGGAAGUCCCCUCCAGUCAGAGAUCAGUGUGCUGUUUGAAUGCUGUCUGUGCAGAGUUUGACUCUAGAAGGAU